CGCGGCGCGGAGAUCGCUAGCAAGCGCGGCGCGCACGAGCGCACGAACGCACGAGCAUGAGCCUUUGCAAGUUUGCGAACCUCAUUUCUGGAUACCAUUCCAAUUUCAACGGAUUGAUUUGAACUCUGGAGAUUGUAUUGAUUGACAUCCCUUCCCCGACUGAAGAAAAGGCGAGAGAUUGAUGGCGGUCGAUAUGUCCAAUCAAUGGUCACGACAUCGUGCUUCCGUCUAGAGCGAGUGCGUCCCUUGUCGGGUCGUCGCCUUCGUGUGCAUCCUCCAGCUGGCACAAGGUAUAGGGGGGGAUCAUCUGGAAAAGCUAACAUGUCUCUGCCACGGUGGUUGUCGGACUUCGAGGAUCUGCACCUUAUGACAGGUAUGCUCAACUUUUUCGCAAAUGGGCUCAGUGCAGAUUUCCGGCCUCCUCUCCUGUCAUGGUCAUGGUCCCCGCUUUGCAAGGCUGGCAUUCAGCACUCACGGAACACCAGGGAUGCAUGGAGUUUGUGUGUUGGGGAUUACUUGUCUGGAGUCGUUCCAGACAUGUUGACCUUGGCGCUGGUGGUUACCCAUCUCAUAAAGCUGAAGAGGAAGGAGGCUCGUCCAUAUAUGACCGACCACCCAGGAUGGUGCAAGUGGCUGGAGGAGGUGUUAUCUCUUGUCCCUGCAGUGUUCGCAUUGGCAGUCUUGUUGACAUGGGGCCUUACCUCCACCUCUGAUGUAUUUCCAUGGCCACAGCCACUUCCACGGAGUGCAGUUGCAAGGCUUGUGGUUCAAGCAGUGGCAUGGAUAUUUGUGUUUGUUACACUUCGAGCGGACCACGCACGGGGGGAUGCACACCCCUGGCAUCUUUGUAUCUGGUGGUUCUUCCGGCCAUUCUUAGAGCUCCCGAUAUCCAUCAUGGCUGUAGGGACUUUGCGAAGGCAGUGGAGCCUGGACGCUGCUCAAGUCGUGGCAUCCGUAGUUGUAUGUUUGGUGUUUGGCACAACGGUCUCGCUCUUCAAGAGGGCACGACGACGAGUAUCAACUAGCUACAAGGGGGGUCUGGAAGCCCCUUCGGCACUGGAGCCUCUUCUUCCAAGUGAGGACGAUGACAUGGUAGAAGUGCAGGCAUCUGCGUGGAGUUGGUUGACGUUUAGUUCUGUGAAUCAGCUCAUUGAAAUAGGAGUACAAAGGCAGCUUGGCUUUGACGAUCUCUUCCCGAUUGACCCAGAGCUGAAACCAAGCCGGUGCUGUGCCCAGCUAUGGAAGCAGUGGACCCUGGACCGCAAGAGGGAAGAUUGUAAUGGCUCCAGCGGCAGUGCAAGAAAGGCAUCUCUGCUGCGGGCAAUCUCAAGGGCGUUUGGGUGGAGCUUGGUGCCACUGGGUUUCCUGAAGUUAGCGAUUUCGAUUCUCAACCUGAUCGGUCCAUUGCUUCUACGCGAACUUAUCACUUUUCUGGACACUGGGAAUACCGAUUGGUCGGUGUGGCAAGGGUAUUUGUGUGCUGCUGGGCUAGGCAUGGCUUCGGUAAUCAAGGCUGUGCUCGACACACAUUACACAUUUGGACUGAAGAGGGUAGCUCUGCAGUUGAAUUCUAGCAUCACGUGUAUUGUCUACCGGAAAGCCCUGUGUCUUAGUGCUGUUGACCGGAAACUGUUCUCUACAGGAGAGAUACAAACACUUAUGUCUGUCGAUGCUGGGCGGGUGGUGAACCUUUGUCAAAGUGUUCACGAGCUAUGGAGUCUUCCCUUGCAGAUAGGUUUGGCAUUGUAUCUUCUCUAUCGGGAAGUCGAGUUUGCGUUCUUGGCUGGGCUGAUGGUGAUUCUUGUUCUCAUCCCUAUAAACAAUUGGCUGGCGAUGAAAAUUAACAAAGCGACCAAGGAGCUCAUGAAGAGCAAAGACAACCGUGUACGUCACACAGGGGAGAUUCUUGCUGCUAUCCGAACUCUCAAGCUGUAUGCUUGGGAGACUCUCUUCAUCGGCCGUGUAAUGCGCGCUCGAGAAUGCGAACUUCGGAGCUUGACUACUUGCAAAUACCUCGAUGCCUUCUGUGUCUAUUUCUGGGCCUGCACGCCCAUCCUGUUCUCGUUGCUCACCUUCGGCUUGUAUGUGUUUCUUGGUCACCCCCUCGACGCCGCAACUGUUUUCACGAGUCUGGCACUUUUUAAUGUGCUCGUGGGACCGCUGAACAUGUUCCCUUGCGUGAUAACUGGAGUGAUAGAGGCAUGUGUAUCUUUGGACAGGUUGCGGCGCUUUCUCUUGGCGCCGGAGCUUAAUGGGGCCUGGAUUGCUGACAUGGAGUUAUCAGAGAGUGACGAGGAUGAUGACAUGUCCCCAAUGAAGGAAACUCGUGUGAAAACACCUUCGCCAAGGGCCGUCCCGGGGCCCUUCCCUGGGGGCAUUUCGGUUGGUCAAUCUUCCAGCUCCGUCGCAGAAACUGCCCUCCAGGUGGCUUUGUCCGCCUCUUCAUCUAGAGGCUCCUCGCAUGCCCGUGACUUGGGCGCCACUGGUGUGACGGACUCCGGUGUGGUUUCCACCACCACAUCCAGCGGCCGUAUUCUUUUUGAAGGGGCUGACAUCGACCAGGGGCACACAGACAGCACAUCGGUGUUCUUUCUUGGGGCCGACUUCACGUGGGCCACUGCAGUUGGGGGAGGAGUCCGGAGAUCACAUCUGAAGGACAUCCGCCUUGCGGUGCCUGAUGGUGCAUUCGUUGCUCUUCUGGGAACGGUUGGCUCUGGCAAGUCUUCACUGUUGAAUGCCAUCUUAGGAGAGAUGACCUGUACAGCCGGCUGUGUCGUGGUAAGAGGUAAGCUUUCUUACUUGCCACAGGCACCGUGGAUUCAGUCAGGCACCCUCAGAGAGAACAUCCUUUUUGGAAGUCCAUAUUUGCCGUCGAGAUAUGCCAAUGUUCUCGAGGCCUGUGCUUUGAAUGUUGAUGUGGCGUAUCUGAGGGGCGGUGACAUGGCUGAGAUCGGAGAACGAGGGAUCAAUCUCUCAGGCGGUCAACGGGCAAGAGUUGCUUUGGCAAGGGCCCUUUAUCAGGACUGUGACAUUUACUUGCUCGAUGACCCUUUAAGUGCUGUGGAUGCACAUGUGGCAAAAUGGGUAGUGCAGCAUGCACUUUGCGGCCCUCUCCUCAAGGGAAAAACGUCCAUCGUGUGCACUCAUAAUCCACUGGUAUUGCAAGCUGCAGAUUUGGCAGUUGUUCUGUCAAAUGGAGAAGUCCAGUACGUGGGCCAUCCCAAUGGCUUGGGGCCGUUCUGGGGAUCUCUUAAUGCAGGGGAUCAUAAGGUUUCUGGGACGCAAGGUUCCGCUGACGUGAUCUCUGAAGACGUCAUCCCUCAACAUGCGGGGGCUGAGGACACGCAUGGGCCCCUUCCCUCUCUCGAUGCCUCGGCAGAGCAAGCAGCCAGUCACAUCAUUGGCGAACAUAAAGGCGGGGUGCAACAGCAAUCGCUGGAGGCGGCACAGGAUCCUGAAGAGAGGCGCCUCCUGCUUGGAGAGCAGCAAGUUGACGACAGUGCGGUGUCGGAGUGUGAGCAGGGGAGCCAGACCAUGCAGAUUGCGGGCUGUCAUCAGCUUACUACAUUGAGUGAGGACGACGGAUCAAGUGAGGGUGGGGAGAUUUGUGUGGAGGCUGGGGAUGUUGACGGUAGUCUGGUCCGCGUGCCAAAAGAGCUUGUCAGUGUGGCAGAAGAUGCAGUGAUGAUGCUCAGAGAAAACCUGUAUGGAAGAUCUGAACUGGAUAUCCAUGAGGAGGUAGGAGCCCCAGGGAUGGAAAGAGGGAUUCCUCUGGUGGAAGAAGAGGCGAGAGAGGUCGGGGACGUAAAGCUCGAAGUGUACAAGGUUUAUACUAAGUCUGCGGGUGUCUCGAUGGCUGUGAUUAUCGUGGGGAGCAUGGUGCUGAUGCAGGUGUCCAAGAACAGCAGUGAUUGGUGGCUGUCGUACUGGGUGGACCACGGGAACUCUGCUGAUGCUGAUCAGAGGGAAACUUUGUUUUACCUGGCAGUUCUUUUGGGGCUUGGAAUCCUGAAUUCCCUUUUCACACUGGCACGGUCAUUUUCCUUUGCUUAUGGUGGACUCCGAGCUGCCUGCAAGCUUCACGAUCACCUUCUCAGGCGUGUAGUUUUCUCGCCGGUCGACUUUUUUGAUCGCACGCCAAUCGGCCGCAUCCUCAACCGUUUCUCAUCAGAUCAGUACACUGUCGAUUAUUCCCUCCCUUUCAUUCUCAACAUUCUUUUGGCAAAUGCCUUCAGCCUCCUGGGCGUGCUUGCCGUCCUCUGCUAUGCACAACGCUGGUUUCUCGUGUUGCUUCCGCCUCUCGGUCUGUUGUAUUUCUCUCUCCAACGGUCCUACAGAGCCACGUCCCGAGAAGUCAGACGAUUGGACAGUGUUUCACAGUCCCCCAUUUAUGCAGCUUUUACGGAGGCCCUUGAUGGCGCACCAACAAUACGGGCAUUCAAGGCUCAGCUACGUCUUGCGAACGAGAAUGAUCAGCGGGUCACACUCAAUAUACGUGCUUCCUACGCAGAGGUGGCCGCUGCUCAGUGGCUGUCGAUAAGGCUGCAGAUGAUGGCAGCGGGAAUCGUAUCAUUUAUUGCUUUUACGGCGGUCAUUGGAGUUCAUAGCAGCAUUGUCGCACCCCAUGGGCAUGCUGGAAUUGUCGGGUUGGGUUUGUCGUACGCUCUUCCGAUCGUCUCCAUUCUGAACAACCUGUUGACUUCGUUCACGGAAACAGAAAAGGAAAUGGUUGCGGUGGAGAGACUGCAGCAAUACCUUGAACUACCCAACGAGCAAGCUGGGAGCGGAGCUGUCUAUGUCUCGCCACAAUGGCCUGAGAAAGGGGAAAUCGUCUUUGAAAAAGUCACGCUUGUUUAUCGGCCCGGUCUUCCGCCGGCUCUUCAGGAGAUAUCGUUUCACAUCUGCGGUGGUGAACGAAUAGGAGUCGUAGGAAGAACGGGUGCUGGGAAGUCUAGUAUUCUUGUGGCCCUGUUCCGCUUGAAGGAGAUAACAUCCGGACGAAUAUUCGUUGAUGGCAUCAACGCAGCCGAUGUGCCUGUUCGUGAUCUGAGAGGGCGGCUUGCAGUUAUUCCACAGAGCCCCUUUCUGUUUGAAGGCAGUGUUAGGGAAAAUCUAGACCCAAGCUCCAGUGUGACCGAUGACCGUCUCUGGGAAGCGCUGCACAAGUGCCAUGUUCAUGAUGUGGUUGCUGCCAUGGGUGGGCUGGACUCUAAGAUUGGGGAAAAUGGAUGUAGUUUGUCUGUUGGCCAGCAACAGCUUUUCUGUCUUGCAAGAGCAUUGCUCAGAAAUGUACGUGUGAUCUGCCUUGAUGAAUGUACCGCAAGUGUCGAUCCGAUGACAACUGAGCUUCUUUCGGAGACGAUAGAUCGAGAGUGCGUGGGAAUGACGAUCGUAACAAUAGCCCAUCGCAUCAGUUCCAUUGUAGAGUUGCAGAGAGUUCUCGUGAUCGAUAGAGGGUACCUAGUCGAGCAGGGGAACUCCAAGGACCUGCUUGCUAAUCCACAGUCGCUGUUUGCCUCGCUUGCCCGGGCUGCAGGCAUGUGAAAGCGAAAAAUCUUGUUGUCUACGAAAAAAGUCAUACGCCAGACAUAUUCGGCGAGUGUGGUAUCAUGCCUGGCUUCAGGCAGCAGUCGAUCGAUCGCUCCUGACUUGCACAGGUUGCUGAUUCUGUCGAUCCAGGAGGAUAGAGGGUAAUCAAAGUAGAAACUCUGAGUUGGGAAUUGUCAUCCCGUGGGCCUUAGACUCUUAGAGUCUCCGAAUCGGAGCCCAUCGACUCGAAGAAGCUGGCAAGUGGAGGUUGUAGUUGUUAGACAAGA